CGCGAAACACGGAUGGGAUUUAACAGCCGACUUCAAGAAAUUGAAAAGGGGCACAACAACGUAUACGCCCCUGUAGGGAGUUCGGGACUACGUUUCCGUAGGCAGUCCGACGAUAGGGAUGAUGAUGAUGAAAGCGAUGCCAUUGAGGAAGAAGAGGAGGACGACGACGACGAUGUUGAAGUAAGGAGUGGCAGUGAUGACGAUGAGGACGGUGGGGAGUACGAUGACGAUGACGGCGACGACAGUGAAGACGGAGAGGAGAAUUAUGAUAGAGACGAUGACAGCCGCGGCAGUCGGUACCGAAAAUCUGGUUCGAAAAUCAGGAAAAGAGUCACCAAGGCGCCGACACCAGCUCCCAAACCUGAGCCCGGGAAAGCUCAGCCGGAGACCCCUAAUAAAGUGGCUGUCGCCCCGACGACUCCACCGGCGUCACAGCGUAAAAAGCUGCCGCACUCGACCCUGAAAGAGCUUAACGACAAACUGGCCAAGAUUGAAAAUGACUUGCGGAGAAAGGAAGCGAUGCAGAAGGCGAGGAUAGCAAAAAGAUCAGGGAGGGCCGAAAUGGAUGUCAAGAGAGGAGGAGAUAUGUUGAGGACGGCAAGGGAUAGGAGAAAACGAUCUAGUUCUGAAGCGGGUCGUUCCAAAGCAUAUCCAAAAUCAACCAUAAAAAUGGGUGUUGAGAAUGAGCCCCUGAGGAAACCAGAAAUACCGCCAAGUGAACCGAAGCGAAGGCAAAACUUGAGAAGACCGGCGACACGUGACGAGGCUGCGACAGUUGUUAACAAUGGCGAGUCUUACGAGGACUUAAACGCAGCCAUUGAAAGACACCCCAUUCUACU